AUGUGCUGCCUAUCUUUCACAACUUGUGCGCAUGGCACUGUACCCAAGGCCAAGGCGGCCAUGGAUUUGUUCUUGAACAAUGAUUUUGAACAGGCUCAACAGAAAAUGAAGCCAUUGGCUGAUAAAACAAUGUAUCAUGCUUUGGGCAACAGCACUAUUUUGUUCUUGCAGGCUAUGAUGACUUGUGAUCGGGUUUGGAAUUAA